AUGCUCAAGAAGUUGGGAAUUUUGAUUUCAUCAUGCAGUAAUUUGCAAUGCUAUUAUGCAUUUCCCUACACAUCAACGACGUCACUAUCUCGUUCCCUCUUCACAUCCCAAAACCAUCGACCACAACAUCGUUCACAACGACGAAAAUAUGCCAUCGUCUCCGACGGACGAAGCGCAAAUCAACACGGAGGAUUACAAUGGCCCGAACUGACAUCCGCAUUUGCGGUUCCAACACCCUACCAAAUCUUCAACCAAAAGAAAGGAUCUCCCUAUUCUAAACGACGCUUUUACGAAUUGGUGAAACUUUAUCAUCCAGAUAAACAUGGCAUCGAUACGAAUGAUGGAUUGGACUAUGAUACGAAACUCUCGCGAUACAGAUUGAUUAUUGCAGCCAACGAUAUUCUUUCAGACCCUAUAAAACGGAGUGCAUACGAUACAUAUGGAGCAGGUUGGAAUGGACGGCCCGAAGUCCUCGAUCCUCGCGAUAAACAUGGUGAGAAUCAUGGAUGGGCAGGUCCCGGUGGACCCAGUCAAAAUGCUACAUGGGAAGAUUGGGAGAAAUGGUACAGCCGUGAUGGCAAAGGAGAACAGAAACCCCAAUUCGUAUCAAAUGGUGCAUUUGUCUUGUUAAUCGCAAUUUUUGUGGCGGUAGGUGGAUUGGGACAACUGACGAGGUUGGAUAAUUAUUCGGCAAAAUUCUUGGAACAGAGAGAUACUUUGCAUGAUAAGAUGAGUAAGGAUUUGAGGCAGAGAAGGAAAGAGACGAGAUAUACUUUUGGGAGUAGGGAGGAACGAAUACAUAGUUUCUUGAGACAGAGGCAAGAUCCAAAGGAAGAAACUUAUAGGAAGUUGUUGCCGAAUCCAGAGGUUUGCUCUAGCGAGGAUAUUAAAGGGAGAUCGAUGGUGGUUUAUCAGCCGCCUAAGAAUAUAACAAAGGAGCGAUGA